CCCGCCUUUUGCGGACGUCAAGGAGAUGUAAAAGGCGGUGGAGAAUAUCCUUCUGUGUCUAGUCAACGCAAGUGGAAGCAUGGCACAUAGCAGCUGGCUUUUUCGCAGCAGCUUGGGUAGGCUCUGCUUUCACCGCCAGCUUCACCUGAGCGGCUUGAGAAAUGAGGCAGUCGUCAUCUCUGGAAGAAGGCUUGCGAGGCAAAUCCAAAGAGAGGCCAAGGUUGAUGUGGAGAACUGGGUUGCUGAUGGCAAUCGGAGACCACAUCUCAGUGUUGUUCUAAUUGGAGACAAUCCAGCCAGUCAUUCCUAUGUGAAAAACAAAACAAAAGCUGCUGCUGAUGUAGGUAUCACAAGUGAGACCAUUCUGAAACCAGCCAGCAUCACUGAGGAAGAAGUACUCCAGCUGAUUGAUAAGCUCAACAAUGAUGACGAAGUUGAUGGUUUGCUUGUACAGCUACCUCUGCCUGAACACCUCGAUGAACGCAAGAUCUGUAAUGCAGUGUCCCCUACCAAGGAUGUGGAUGGAUUUCAUGUGAUCAAUGUAGGUCGCAUGUGUCUGGAUCAGAAGUCCAUGCUGCCUGCUACACCUUGGGGAGUGUGGGAAAUAAUCCAAAGAACAGGAAUUGCAACUCUUGGGAAGAAUGUGGUUGUGGCUGGACGGUCCAAAAAUGUUGGAAUGCCCAUUGCUAUGCUUCUCCAUACUGAUGGGGCACACGAACGACCUGGAGGGGAUGCUACAGUGACCAUCUCUCAUCGAUACACACCCAAAGACCAGCUGAGGGAACACACCAAGCUUGCUGAUAUUAUUGUGGCUGCAGCAGGUAUUCCAAAGCUAAUCACAGCUGAUAUGAUUAAAGAAGGAGCAGCAGUCAUCGAUGUUGGUAUCAAUCGUAUCCAGGACCCAGUCACUGGGAAGCCCAAACUUGUUGGUGACGUUGAUUUUGAAGAGGUGAAGAAAAAAGCCAGCUUCAUAACACCAGUGCCAGGAGGAGUUGGACCCAUGACCGUCGCAAUGCUGAUGAAGAACACAAUCAUUGCAGCCAAGAAGCUGUUGAAGCUGAGAGAGAACUGAACAAAUGGUUGCCCUCACGGUAGUGCCACAGAGCAAUGGGACAGAGUAUCCUCAUGAACAUUCCAAUGGACUGUUUUACAUCAACACAUACCAAAGGCUAAUAGUUGAGCAAUUUAUUUAUUGUCAUUGUGCUUAAGGGCGUUAAGUUUUUUUUUCACUUUUUGCAUUGAAUAUAAUUUAUUUCAAAGUUCCUUUUGUUAAGGAUCUACAUUUAUGUGCAAUUUUAUAUUUUGUUACUGAGAUGCUUCCUAAAGCAAGGUUAAUUGGGGAUUGUUCCCUUUAAAUUAUUUUGGGGGAAAAAAAUAGUUUUAUUCCUGGAAGUGAAGUUGGAAUGAGCAGGUAAUCAAUUGUACAUAUCAAGGAAGGGCCCUACUAUACAGCUGAUCUAUUCUGAAGGUGUUACGUGAAAAGUCCAGCAAAGAAUGAGUACUAUCAAAUGACUGCAGUAGUACAGUCAUGCUGUAAAAGCAGACAGAUGUAACAUGAUUCGUGAAAAUACUUCUAUCACUUAGCUGUAUUUUGCUGCAGAAUAAGAUAUUACAACCACAAUUUCUAAAUUAUAUGGAUAACUUCUUAAUGUCAAACUGUCAUAGUAAAAUGAGUGCUAUCAGUUCUUCCACUGAAACACCACAGUUGACUGAAAGUCAGGACAGCAACCCCAUGUUCUGUCUGUGUCAGAUCCUCUCGGUCAGCUAUGCAAACCUACUAUUAUCAUGUUAUUGACUAGACAAUUUUUUGAUUUGAGGUGAGCAGAAUAGUAUCAAACACAGUUGAGACAGCCUAGCGUGAGAUGCUGAUGUAGUUUUUGUUUUGUACCUGUCACUGCUUUGUUUGGUUAGUUGAUUUUGCGUUCUUCAGAGAUUUCAGAAAUAUGUAGGUGGAGCUGUUUUAUGGGGCAAUGUCAACUUCCUAAAUUGAUGCAAAUAAUGAUUAAGCAAUAAUUGCUAGAAAUGGCCUAAUUUUCCUAAUGAGCUGUUACAACAGUUUAUCACAACUGUGGGGUCAACAUACUUUUAAGAAAGCAGUGACCAUAAGUUGCCAUAAUUUUCCAGAAAGACAUAACUUUUUAAAACCUUUCAUGCCAGGUAUCAAAGCAUUGAGGCAUAAUAUGUAUUAUGACAUGUCUCUUUUAAUGGUAAGAGUGGUUCAGGCUGUGAAAUAAAAUUUGUUACAACAUCCA